UUUUGAGGAACAUCAAUGCCAGGAUGUUGAGUAAUAAUGGCAGGAUUUUGAUAUCUGAUAAUGACAAAAGAGACUUCGACACAAGAGAAGUCUUGAGUAAACUUAAAAUAAAUGGAAUGCAAUAUGAAGAAAUGUGUGCAAACUCACAUAGAAAGGAUGAACCUCUAGGGAAUGAUUAUUCUAGUGAGAUCCUGGAGGUGUAUUUAGAAGAAA